CGAUCCCACUGUUUCACAAUUGCUGUUCGGCAUUCUAGAGCUAGCUUGAGCGUGGUGCUAUGCUCGAAGUCCCUGCACUCUGCCGGCUUACUGCGGCGGCCUUGGCUCUGGCAUCAGCCUUUGCAAGUUGAUGACCUCUAUAGAUGGUUCCACUAUAGAUGUCUUGCACACCUGAAAGAGGGCGCGCUCUUCGGCGUCGAACGCCUAGCCACGACUGUGACGCACACUGCCGAUCUCCAGGAUGUCCAUGCUAUCCUCGUGCUGCUCAAACACUGGCGCAUCGUUGGUGGUUUAGAUCUUCACGGAGAUCCAUUGGGCUGACUGAGACUCACGCAGAGAUCGCCAAGGAGACGGAGUGUGCCCGUCAAUAUCUGUUCGUACCCGUUCCAAACUAGACACGGCAUUGCUGGCACAAGACGCGGCGAAGCGGUUGGCGCCAUUAUUGAGGCUGGCAUGGCCAGGUAAGCUCAUGCAUGUACGAAAUGAAUACAGAGACUUGGCCCAGUACACUCCAAGCUGGAUACUCAUUACAACGUGUAUCCCUCGCAUGCCGAUGAC